AUGGGCUAUGUGAGAACAACUGAGCCCAUCUAGUAAAUGGGAUUCGGUACUAACCAUGGAGAUGAAGAUAUUGGUACGAUCCUCACUCUAAAGCCUCGAGUUAACUAGGAAACAAGAGCUUGGAUGAAUGAUUUCAUAUUCUUGGAAUAAAAUGAAACAGAUGUGGACAUUCAUUAUUCACUCAAUGAUCCCAUGAACACUCAGUAAACACCUUAUUUCUCUGAUUUCAUCACUGUCCACAAGAGUGAUUCCUUGGUUUGCUUUGACGCUGACUUUGUCACUGAAACCACCAUCAUUGUGGAUUGCACAACAGCAUUGGCUGGUAUAGCUAAUGGGUUCAUUUUUGUUGAUCUCAAGACUGGGGAGAAGCAUAUACAAAACAACGACAAUCCUCAUAAUUACAAUAAAACAAAAGCCAGGAAGAUUGCCACUCUCAAUUAUACAGCCAAGAGUUCAGAAUAUGAUCAGGUUGCAGCACCAGCUCAAUCAUUUUUAUUUAGAGGAGAACCUGCUUGGGCAACAGAAAACAACACAUAAGAUAAAUUGGAUACAGAUUGUGAACUUGAAGUCUUCUUGUUGAAUCCAAAAUCUGAAGAAGAUUAAAAGUAUGUGGCUAUGUUGAAUACUACAAUAUUGAAAACUUUAUUACCUGAACCAGUUGAUAAAUUCUCUCUAAUUGAUUUCCAAGUUGAACCAAAUGGAGAAUUAUAUGUUUUAGAUGCCUUUAAUGGUGUAUAUGUGUUAAAAUUGACAAAUGCUAAUUAAUUUCAAUUAAGACAACAUUUUGAGAAUCCUUCUAAAGAAUAGAUCUAUGCUUUUGAUUUCAAUUAUCUUAGUAAUCCAGAUGGAUCUUACACUCAACAUUUGGUUUUAGCUUAUAAAAAUAAGGUAGUUGUUUAUGAAAACUUCAAUCAAAAAUUUACAUUCUAAUUGCCUCAUCCAGCAGUGUAUGGAGAAUUGAGAUUGUCGAUGAGUUAACAGUUUUUGGUGAUCGUCUAAAAAUAAGGAACAUACUUAUAUCACAUUGAGGAGACUAUGUUACUUUUUAAGAAUGAAGACUAUUUCGAAUAAGUUCUAGUAAAUCCCUAUUACCCUGAUAUGGUGGGAAUCAAUCAACAAAGGGCCUAUAGAUAUGAACUCAGUAAGGGAUAUUUGACAAUGUAUUCCAAGAAGGAGCCUACUCCAACCCAAGUUCAAUUCAAUCUUAAUUCAUGGCCACAAAACGGUGGUAAGAUGUGUUCAGUCCUCAUGAAAUUAACAAUCCUGCCUGAGAACGACACUAACAUCUACAGAACAUCAAACGAUCCUUUCCCAGAUGAAAUGGUGUACCCCUCAAAAUCAAUAGUGGUCGACUUAUUAGCAUCAGGACCCAGCUUGAUGUAUAAACAAUUGGCCAACAACUCACAUGUGGACUUGACUUUGGACUCUAUGUGGGAAGUGUUUGUGAAAGGAGUCGAUCUACCAGAAGCUAAAGACGUAGUCUAUGCUGACUUAUUGGUCUUGGAUCGAGGAGACAGAGUUUAUUUCCUCUUUUAGACUCCAGAUCAAAAUUGCACCAUGAUUAGAUGUAUCAACCAGGACAUUAAGAAUACAACUCUUUAGAAAUGUGGCAAGAUAGACGAGUUCCAUGUUCCCUUUAUUUUAAAUAAAACCAAGAAUUCCUUUACUUGGUGGUAAAACUUCAAUAUGGUCACUUACGUAUACUAGGAAACUGAUUUCGUAAUCAAAGUGUUCACUAGUACUGGAUAAAGCUCAUAAACUGGUGAGAUAGCCUUUGAUGCCAAGGAUUAAGGCAACAAGAUUAACUCAUUUGUGUAUCUUCAAAAUGCAGUCUUUGUGGUGCAAUCAGCUAAGUACUAAAUAAGUGUUUGGACUGUCAGAGGGGAUAUCGUUGAAAUAUACAAGAUCACUUAGGGUGUGUUAAGAGACUAAGGAUAUAAUGGUACCUUCAUUCCCAAGGCUGUCUUUGGUAACCCCAAGAUCAGGGGAUAGGUCGUCUUCAUCUAAACAUAGGAGGAGAUCUUGAUAGGAGAAUUUGCAAAUGGAAACGAUAUUCAUGUGUUCCAUCUGAUGGAAAUAAUUCCCAUUAUCCCUAAAUCUGAAGUCAGUAUUGCUAUUGGUCCACUUACAUUUACUAUUGUCCAGAAAACUGCUAGUGAAUAGAUUCUUGAAGAAUACAAUUGGGAACAUCUUCAAUUAAUCUCCUUAAAUAAGCGUCUGCCACUUUAUCAGUAUUAAUUACAAGAACCCCUAAAUAUUGACUAUUGUUCUUAAUCUGGAUGGCUGUUUGUUAGAGCUAUUGACACCAAGAUCUAGGAAACUGUAAUCCUAGUCUAUGAACCCAAUGUGCUGUCUCAUGUUUCAUUACACAAAGUCAUCAAAACUGGAUACAAGAUCAAUGAUGUAUUUGACAUGGCAGUGGAUGGGGAUAAGCAAAUGUUCAUCUACUUCAAUGAUAACAAAGUUAAUAAAUUCGUCACUCUUCUGUAAGAUGCUGUUCUCACUAUCUUACCCAAAGAAGAAGUCCUCCAGUAUGUAAACAAACUUGAAACAAGCGUUGAGAUUAGCAGUGCUCUAGGUGGAACAGCUAUUGUGAUUAAUGAAAAGAUUAAACUCAUGAAUACAGAUUCAAAAAUAGUGGUCAAAUAAAGUUCACUUGAUAAAUACAGGUACAUGUUCUAAUUUAAGAAAAAUGACAAUGACCAAAUUCUGGAUCUCAAGUCUGAUUGGUAUGUUGGAUAGCCUUAUGAUCUUUUCAUCUUAUGUGAUUAAUGUGGGGAUCAAAUAGUUAUUUAACCAUAGAUUGUCAAGAGCUCUAGUGGAACUGACAUGAAAUAUGUCAUCUACGAUGGAACUCAAUUUGAUAGUGACACCCUAGUUUAUCAAGCAGAUAAGUCUUUAAUAUUCCAACACAAAAAUGGUUCAUUUUUGAAUAGGAUCAGUUUAGAUUAAUCUCUUGGGUAAGAUCAGAGAUGCGAAUUGUUGACUGUCACUAAAGAUAGUAAGCAUAUCAUAAGCACAGUUAUUGGGACUGGAGAUGUUUCAGUUUUAGUCAAUGAAUGCACUGGAACUAAAUGCAAAUAAUUUGAAUAAGGAGAAGUCCAAUUGGCUGGAGUGACUCAGGCUAUCAAAAUGAGAUUUGUAUUUGGACGAAAUUUCAUUGUUCUUAACACUGAUCCUGUUAGUUAUUCUAAAUUUGAAAGCAGCAUCAUAGUCUACUCAUUCAACACCACUGGCACAACCUUCACUAUUCUUUCACAGAAAGUAAUCAACACCAAAUAUCUGGGUCCAACAUCUCAAGUCUAAAUUGCUGAUUUCUGUCAUCUUACUGUUAGUGAGUCAAUCUAUGCCAUCUUGCUUACAGAUAUUACUCGAGGAGUAUGGAUUGUUAAUCUUGGAUCCAAUGUCGAUGGAUCAGUAACUGAACUCAACAAAGAAUUAAUUAAUCUUAAAGGGUAUGAACAUGAGCAGUACUACCUCAAGGAUGACACACAUUUCCAUCAACUCAAAAUCUUGUCUUAAGAACAAUCUGAUAAAAUAUUUAAGAUUUAAUUACUAGUUACAACAUCCAAUGUUGCCAAUUACAUAUUCUAUUUUGAAUUGGAAAUAUCAUCCAAAACUGGAGCUUCCUACAUUAAACAAUCCCUGAAAUUGCAACAAGUUCUAUUCAAUUACGGAGACUGGAAAUCAGCCAACAAGAUGUCCUUUGCAGCCAAUCAUGUCAGUGUUGCCUAUACCGAUGGCAAUGAAGUUGUCUUGGCUGUCUACUACAUCGAAGUUAAAAAACUUGAUGAAGUCAAAUCUGUCCCUUUCAUCUACGGCAUCAGAGCUGAUUACAACUCACCAUUACCUGCUGAUUUUGCUAUGAUCGUGUCCUAAUAUUAGAAUUAAACUUAUCUCUACGCCAAUAUUGAAUAUGAUAGUUAAUUCUCUGAACAUACUGUCUUUAGGUAUUCCAUAUAUGAUAAUCCUAAAUUAAUCUUAAAAAACUGCAGCACUCUAAAGGAGCAAUCUAUGGAAAUCUAUGCUGCUAAUCAUUUCGGAUCUUCAUCUGGAAAAACUUAUUUGUGGGAUUCAGAUAACGUACCUGAUGAUGACGACUCCAGCAGUUCUAAAUGGUGGUGGAUUACUUUGAUCAUUAUUUUUGGAGUUGCCAUCCUUGGAGUUGGUGGAUUCUUUUUGUACAAGAAAUUUGGAAAAAAAGGAGUUGAACCUUUAUUAGGUUGA